AUGGUGUACUUGGAUUACUUUGUACCUACGUUAUCGCUAACCGAUAUCCUUAUCUUGUGUCUCAAGGCACUCGCCAUAUACUACAUUAACUGGCCUCUACUAUGGGCGCUAGACCAUAUAACUUUUGACCCUCUUGCUAAGCUCCCUGGACCGAAAUUGCGCGGUGCAUUUCACUUCCCCGACUACUGGUCGGUAGUUACCGGAAACACCCAUCGAAAAUGGACUGCGCUUCAUAAGCAGUAUGGAGAGGUGGUGCGCGUCAGUCCAGACCUAGUGUCGUUUAUCAAUCCAGAAGCAUGGCGACAAAUCUACGGUCAUGGCAAUACCCAGCCGAUGCAAAAGGACCCAGUUUUCUACUUUCGUCCACCGAGCGAUAUCAUUUCUGCUAACGACGCCGACCAUGCACGCAUCCGACGUCCGCUCAACCACGCUUAUUCGGAGCAGGCUCUACGUAGCCAAGAAAGCAUGAUCAAUUCAUACGUUACGCUUUUGAUACAAAAGCUUCGCAAGCGGGCAGUCGAAAACACUCCAGUAGACCUUGUGCAGUGGCUGAAUUUCACCACAUUCGACAUCACAGGCGAUUUGACUUUUGCAGAGUCCUUUGGUGCUCUCGACCAAGAGACCUACAAUGUAUGGAUGGCUAAUUUGUUCAAUGCCUUCCGCUUUGCGACUAUUCUCAACGUCAUCAACCGCUACCCGAUCAUCGGUACACCACUGAUGGCUUUGUUGAAACGAGUACCCGCGCUGGCUCGAGCUGAGCACCAGCACAAUGUAUAUACUGAAAAGAAGACUACGAAAAGACUAGCCACCCAGACGGACCGUAAGGACUUUAUCAGUUACAUUCUCAAAAACAAAGGCGCAAUCACAAACUACGAACUCGAGCAAACCAGCGGAACUCUCAUCGUCGGCGGCAGCGAAACAAUCGCCACCCUCCUAAGUGGCCUAUUCUACCAUCUCCAGCGAAACCCCCAAUGGAUGGACAAGCUGCACGAAGAAAUCCGCACGUCAUUCGCGUCUGAAUCCGAAAUCAACUUCGCUUCCCUCAGCCAGCUCAAAAUCCUAAACGCAAUCAUCUACGAGACUUUCAGAAUCUACCCACCGGUUCCUACAGCCCUGCCCCGCGUCGUACCAAAGCAGGGCGCAACGAUAUGCGGUCACUGGCUCCCUGUUGGCACCAGGGUCGGAGUACCUCAGUACGCAAUGUACCAUUCCUCGCUCUACUUUACCGCGCCAGAGGUCUUUGCCCCAGAGCGCUUUCUAGGCGCCAAAGAAUACGAAGCCGAUAAGCGGCAUGUCAUCCAGCCAUUUAGCGUCGGACCGCGGAAUUGCAUCGGGCAGAGUCUAGCGUGGGCGGAAGCCAGGACCAUAAUUGCGAGGUUGGUGUGGCAUUUUGAGUUUGAGCUUGUGGAUAAGGAGGCGAAGUGGGAGGAUCAGCGGGUUUUUGUACUGUGGGAGAAGCCGAGUCUGAUGACGAGGUUGAGGGAGAGGGAGGUCGCCAUGUGAAAUGGAAAUAGUGCAAAGCUGGUCGGUAGCGUUAGUAUGAAAUUGCUUAUCUUUUCGUGUAGGGCCAUCUUCAG